AUGCAAGAGACGCAACGUGCGGAAGAUGGAAACACGCUAUCCCACACUGCACACACUUGCACCAACUUACACUCGCCUCACCCUCACAUCACCUCCCCUCACAUCACCUCCCCUCACAUCACCUCCCCUCACAUCACCUCCCCUCACAUCACCUCCCCUCACAUCACCUCCCCUCACAUCACCUCCCCUCACAUCGCCUCCCCUCACAUCACCUCCCCUCACAUCACCUCCCCUCACAUCACCUCCCCUCACAUCACCUCCCCUCACAUCACCUCCCCUCACAUCACCUCCCCUCACAUCACCUCCCCUCACAUCACCUCCCCUCACAUCACCUCCCCUCACAUCACCUCCCCUCACAUCACCUCCCCUCACACCACCUCCCCUCACAUCGCCUCCCCUCACAUCGCCUCCCCUCACAUCACCUCCCCUCACAUCGCCUCCCCUCACAUCACCUCCCCUCACAUCACCUCCCCUCACAUCACCUCCCCUCACAUCACCUCCCCUCACAUCACCUCCCCUCACAUCACCUCCCCUCACAUCACCUCCCCUCACACCACCUCCCCUCACAUCGCCUCCCCUCACAUCGCCUCCCCUCACAUCACCUCCCCUCACAUCGCCUCCCCUCACAUCACCUCCCCUCACAUCACCUCCCCUCACAACACCUCCCCUCACAUCACCUCCCCUCACAUCACCUCCCCUCACAUCACCUCCCCUCACAUCGCCUCCCCUCACAUCACCUCCCCUCACAUCGCCUCCCCUCACAUCACCUCCCCUCACAUCACCUCCCCUCACAUCACCUCCCCUCACAUCACCUCCCCUCACAUCACCUCCCCUCACAUCACCUCCCCUCACAUCACCUCCCCUCACAUCACCUCCCCUCACAUCACCUCCCCUCACAUCACCUCCCCUCACAUCGCCUCCCCUCACACCACCUCCCCUCACAUCGCCUCCCCUCACAUCGCCUCCCCUCACAUCACCUCCCCUCACAUCGCCUCCCCUCACAUCACCUCCCCUCACGUCACCUCCCCUCACAUCACCUCCCCUCACAUCACCUCCCCUCACAUCACCUCCCCUCACAUCGCCUCCCCUCACAUCGCCUCCCCUCACAUCGCCUCCCCUCACAUCGCCUCCCCUCACAUCGCCUCCCCUCACAUCGCCUCCCCUCACAUCGCCUCCCCUCACAUCGCCUCCCCUCACAUCACCUCCCCUCACAUCACCUCCCCUCACAUCACCUCCCCUCACAUCACCUCCCCUCACAUCACCUCCCCUCACAUCACCUCCCCUCACAUCGCCUCCCCUCACAUCGCCUCCCCUCACAUCACCUCCCCUCACAUCACCUCCCCUCACACCACCUCCCCUCAUAUCGCCUCCCCUCACAUCACCUCCCCUCACAUCGCCUCCCCUCACAUCGCCUCCCCUCACAUCACCUCCCCUCACAUCACCUCCCCUCACAUCACCUCCCCUCACAUCACCUCCCCUCACAUCACCUCCCCUCACAUCGCCUCCCCUCACAUCGCCUCCCCUCACAUCGCCUCCCCUCACAUCACCUCCCCUUACAUCGCCUCCCCUCACAUCGCCUCCCCUCACAUCGCCUCCCCUCACAUCGCCUCCCCUCACAUCGCCUCCCCUCACAUCGCCUCCCCUCACAUCGCCUCCCCUCACAUCACCUCCCCUCACAUCACCUCCCCUCACAUCGCCUCCCCUCACAUCGCCUCCCCUCACAUCGCCUCCCCUCACAUCGCCUCCCCUCACAUCGCCUCCCCUCACAUCGCCUCCCCUCACAUCACCUCCCCUCACAUCACCUCCCCUCACAUCACCUCCCCUCACAUCACCUCCCCUCACAUCACCUCCCCUCACAUCACCUCCCCUCACAUCGCCUCCCCUCACAUCGCCUCCCCUCACACCGCCUCCCCUCACAUCGCCUCCCCUCACAUCGCCUCCCCUCACAUCGCCUCCCCUCACAUCGCCUCCCCUCACAUCGCCUCCCCUCACAUCGCCUCCCCUCACAUCACCUCCCCUCACAUCACCUCCCCUCACAUCACCUCCCCUCACAUCACCUCCCCUCACAUCACCUCCCCUCACAUCACCUCCCCUCACACCACCUCCCCUCACAUCGCCUCCCCUCACAUCGCCUCCCCUCACAUCGCCUCCCCUCACAUCGCCUCCCCUCACAUCGCCUCCCCUCACAUCACCUCCCCUCACAUCACCUCCCCUCACAUCACCUCCCCUCACAUCACCUCCCCUCACAUCACCUCCCCUCACAUCGCCUCCCCUCACAUCACCUCCCCUCACAUCGCCUCCCCUCACAUCGCCUCCCCUCACAUCACCUCCCCUCACAUCACCUCCCCUCACAUCGCCUCCCCUCACAUCGCCUCCCCUCACAUCACCUCCCCUCACAUCGCCUCCCCUCACAUCGCCUCCCCUCACAUCGCCUCCCCUCACAUCACCUCCCCUCACAUCACCUCCCCUCACAUCACCUCCCCUCACAUCACCUCCCCUCACAUCACCUCCCCUCACAUCACCUCCCCUCACAUCGCCUCCCCUCACAUCGCCUCCCCUCACACCGCCUCCCCUCACAUCGCCUCCCCUCACAUCGCCUCCCCUCACAUCGCCUCCCCUCACAUCGCCUUCCCUCACAUCACCUCCCCUCACAUCACCUCCCCUCACAUCACCUCCCCUCACAUCACCUCCCCUCACAUCACCUCCCCUCACAUCACCUCCCCUCACAUCACCUCCCCUCACAUCACCUCCCCUCACAUCACCUCCCCUCACAUCACCUCCCCUCACACCACCUCCCCUCACAUCGCCUCCCCUCACAUCACCUCCCCUCACAUCGCCUCCCCUCACAUCACCUCCCCUCACAUAACCUCCCCUCACAUCACCUCCCCUCACAUCACCUCCCCUCACAUCGCCUCCCCUCACAUCACCUCCCCUCACAUCACCUCCCCUCACAUCACCUCCCCUCACACCACCUCCCCUCACAUCGCCUCCCCUCACAUCACCUCCCCUCACAUCGCCUCCCCUCACAUCACCUCCCCUCACAUCACCUCCCCUCACAUCACCUCCCCUCACACCACCUCCCCUCACAUCGCCUCCCCUCACAUCACCUCCCCUCACAUCGCCUCCCCUCACAUCACCUCCCCUCACAUCACCUCCCCUCACAUCACCUCCCCUCACACCACCUCCCCUCACAUCGCCUCCCCUCACAUCACCUCCCCUCACAUCGCCUCCCCUCACAUCACCUCCCCUCACAUCGCCUCCCCUCACAUCGCCUCCCCUCACAUCACCUCCCCUCACAUCACCUCCCCUCACAUCACCUCCCCUCACAUCACCUCCCCUCACAUCGCCUCCCCUCACAUCGCCUCCCCUCACAUCACCUCCCCUCACAUCACCUCCCCUCACACCACCUCCCCUCACAUCACCUCCCCUCACAUCGCCUCCCCUCACAUCACCUCCCCUCACAUCGCCUCCCCUCACAUCACCUCCCCUCACAUCACCUCCCCUCACAUCACCUCCCCUCACAUCACCUCCCCUCACAUCACCUCCCCUCACAUCGCCUCCCCUCACAUCACCUCCCCUCACAUCACCUCCCCUCACAUCACCUCCCCUCACACCACCUCCCCUCAUAUCGCCUCCCCUCACAUCGCCUCCCCUCACAUCGCCUCCCCUCACAGCACCUCCCCUCACACCGCCUCCCCUCACAUCACCUCCCCUCACAUCGCCUCCCCUCACAUCACCUCCCCUCACAUCGCCUCCCCUCACAUCGCCUCCCCUCACAUCACCUCCCCUCACAUCGCCUCCCCUCACAUCGCCUCCCCUCACAUCACCUCCCCUCACAUCACCUCCCCUCACAUCACCUCCCCUCACAUCACCUCCCCUCACAUCGCCUCCCCUCACAUCGCCUCCCCUCACACCACCUCCCCUCACAUCGCCUCCCCUCACAUCACCUCCCCUCACAUCACCUCCCCUCACAUCACCUCCCCUCACAUCACCUCCCCUCACAUCACCUCCCCUCACAUCACCUCCCCUCACAUCACCUCCCCUCACAUCACCUCCCCUCACAUCACCUCCCCUCACAUCACCUCCCCUCACAUCACCUCCCCUCACAUCACCUCCCCUCACAUCACCUCCCCUCACAUCACCUCCCCUCACACCACCUCCCCUCACAUCGCCUCCCCUCACAUCGCCUCCCCUCACAUCGCCUCCCCUCACAUCGCCUCCCCUCACAUCACCUCCCCUCACAUCACCUCCCCUCACAUCACCUCCCCUCACAUCACCUCCCCUCACAUCACCUCCCCUCACAUCACCUCCCCUCACAUCACCUCCCCUCACAUCACCUCCCCUCACACCACCUCCCCUCAUAUCGCCUCCCCUCACAUCACCUCCCCUCACAUCGCCUCCCCUCACAUCGCCUCCCCUCACAUCACCUCCCCUCACAUCACCUCCCCUCACAUCACCUCCCCUCACAUCGCCUCCCCUCACAUCGCCUCCCCUCACAUCGCCUCCCCUCACAUCACCUCCCCUCACACCACCUCCCCUCACAUCGCCUCCCCUCACAUCGCCUCCCCUCACAUCGCCUCCCCUCACAUCGCCUCCCCUCACAUCACCUCCCCUCACAUCACCUCCCCUCACACCACCUCCCCUCACAUCGCCUCCCCUCACAUCGCCUCCCCUCACAUCACCUCCCCUCACAUCACCUCCCCUCACAUCGCCUCCCCUCACAUCGCCUCCCCUCACAUCACCUCCCCUCACAUCACCUCCCCUCACAUCACCUCCCCUCACAUCACCUCCCCUCACAUCGCCUCCCCUCACAUCGCCUCCCCUCACAUCACCUCCCCUCACAUCACCUCCCCUCACAUCACCUCCCCUCACACCACCUCCCCUCACAUCGCCUCCCCUCACAUCGCCUCCCCUCACAUCACCUCCCCUCACAUCGCCUCCCCUCACAUCACCUCCCCUCACAUCACCUCCCCUCACAUCACCUCCCCUCACAUCACCUCCCCUCACAUCACCUCCCCUCACACCACCUCCCCUCACAUCGCCUCCCCUCACAUCGCCUCCCCUCACAUCACCUCCCCUCACAUCACCUCCCCUCACAUCACCUCCCCUCACAUCGCCUCCCCUCACAUCGCCUCCCCUCACAUCACCUCCCCUCACAUCACAUCCCCUCACAUCGUUCCCCCAACACAUCGGCUCCUUAUCACAUCCGCCCUCCAUCACUUUGCCCCACCUCACAGACUCCUCUCACAUCACUGCUCACCUCCCCCUCACAUUGCCUCCCUCACAGCUAAACAUUGGGAAAAAAAAAAGAAGAGUCUAGAGAAAAAAUAA